GAGCGAAGAUGGCGGCGGGGGAAGUGAAGUCUGUGCUCUUCGUUUGUCUGGGAAACAUAUGCCGCUCUCCAAUAGCUGAAGCAGUUUUUAGGAAACUUGUUACUGAUGAGAAAGUUGAAAAUAAGUGGAGGAUAGACAGUGCAGCAACAUCUACCUAUGAAAUAGGAAACCCUCCUGACUAUCGAGGACAGACUUGCAUGAAGAAGCAUGGCAUUACCAUGAAUCAUAUUGCCAGGCAGGUUACUAAAGAUGAUUUCCAGACCUUUGAUUAUAUACUUUGUAUGGAUGAAAGCAAUCUAAGAGAUCUGAAAAGGAAAAGCAACCAGGUUAAAGACUGCAAGGCCAAAAUAGAACUGCUUGGGGCAUACGAUCCACAGAAACAACUUAUUAUUGAAGACCCAUACUAUGGGAAUGAAAAGGACUUUGAAACUGUUUACGAGCAGUGUGUUAGAUGCUGUAAAGCAUUUUUGGAGAAGCCUCAUUAAUGUUUAAUCAUUCUAUUUCUAAAAGAUAAUAAUUAGCUUCUCCUGGAAUAUGUAAGCUUUCCUUGAUUGAUGUAUUUAAAUUGUAAAAUUGUGCUUCCUUAGAAGAUUCAGAACUUUUCAGUUUAAUUUUUUUAUUGUAGUUUUUGUCAUCUAAUUGGAAAAACAGAUGUUGUAGAUGAACCAUUUUCUCACAUAUUAAUGUAAUAAUAAAGUACUUGUUGAGAAUAAAUUUAAUCUGUAAACUCUUA